GCACUGACCUGAGAACUGGCAAAUGCCCCCUGCAGUAAAACAACAUAAUUUUCAUGUAUGUAUGUAUGUAUGUAUGUAUGUAUGUAUAUAUUUUUUUUGUACCUUUAUUUAACUAGACAAGUCAGUUAAGUCCAAAUUCUUAUUUUCAAUGACGGCCUAGGAACAUACACACACACACAUAUUAUAUAUAUAUAUAUAUAUAUACACACACAUAUAUAUACAUAAAUACGUAUACACUAUGAGGUUGUAAUAAUACUGAGAAAUUCUUUAAAUGAAAAUGCCCUAAACAAAAAUAAGCCUUUUUUUUUUUUUUUUUUUUACAAUUUUAAAUGAAAACAAUCACAGGUAGGUACUUAUUGUUACCCAGAAAUGAUUUGAUAUGGGAGAUAAAAACGUCAAGUGGAAGAGUUGUGGAACGCAAGGAGGUACGGACAGACAGAGUAUCAGUACAAGCCCACCCGGACACAAUUGGCCUUCUGAUGGAAGUAGAUUUGUGUGGCCACAGUUAAAAGUUUACGGUAUUUAUGACUUGGUUAAUUACAAGGAUGACGCUCACCUGUAAUCAGCCUAUCAAAAUCAGUCCUUCUACUAUGCACUGACAGUUGAAGUUGCUCCUUCGGAACGUUUCAUAUUUCUACAUCUUCUGUGAAAAGACAUUACCGUCCAAGGACCUUUACGUUUUUGACGCAAGAGUUGAUUGCGCACACCUGUUCAAUUUGAGAGACUCGUGUAUAGGUUGGUUGACUUGAGGGAGUUCUCCAUCAAGUUGACGGAUUGAUUUACAAUGGAGAAUCCCAUUCACUUGACCUCUAUUUUACUACAACUCUUGAUCAUCGGCCUUUCACUCGGAUCGUCCCCGACCACUUCAAAUCUAGCUGACGAGUUUGGCGAUUCCGCUUUGUACCAACAUGGCAGUAUCUUGUCACCCCUUCUGAAGGCGCUAACAGCACAGGGAGAUACAUGGCGAUCCACCCCAGUAAUGAGACCCGAGUCGAGAUAUGUUCGAUACAUGAAAAGACUGUACAGGAUAUCUUCAAGACAUGAGAGGAGUUCGGAAGGAAACCACUUGUACAACACAGUUCGACUUAUAACACCGCGGGAUGAGUGCCUGGAGCAAAGCAAAAAGUUCUUCAUGCAAGACCUCUCCUACAAUUUGGGCCGUGUCAGAGCCAAGGAGCAGCUGCUGAAGUCUGUCCUGCUGUACUCCUUCGACCAAGAGCAGGCCACGUCCAUAACUAACCAGUGUUACCAAGAUUUGAAAGAACAGGAUACCCACAAUCAGUGUCCUCUCUGCCCAAGCACCCAUCACUCAGUUAACUUCCUGUUCCACACGGACCGCAGGAGGAAGUGGGUUGAGGUGGACAUCACAGCUUUCCUCCGCCCUCUCAUCCAGUCCCACAAGAAGGACAUUCACCUACUGAUCAACCUGACCUGUGUGGAGGGCAGAGGGGCUAAGGCUGGAGGAGAGGAGUGGAGUGGUAGGGGCCCCGUGGAGCUCCACUUAAGGUCUCCGUCCUUGCUCCUGUACCUCAACGACACCAGCGAGCUGGCUCACCAAAGAUGGCUGCCCACCAGGUCACAAGGUCAUCCGAGGUCAGCCAAUGAGGUGGACACCUUAGAGAGCCUGGCGGAGUUCAAACCGGAACAAAGGAUCAGCCAGAGCGAGAGGCGGCGGCUGAGGAGAGAAUCUCCGUAUCUGUCGACGAACAACACAGGAGGCAAAACGAACACGAAGACCGUCCUCCCGGACCUCCUCCCGAGUUCUGAUUUCCCUACGAGCGACUGUGCCUUGUACGACUUCAGAGUGAGCUUCAGUCAGCUCAAACUGAGCCAUUGGAUCAUUUUCCCCCACAGGUACAACCCCAGGUACUGUAAAGGCACCUGUCCCAGAGCUGUGGGGUUCAUCUACGGCUCCCCCAGACACACCUUCUUCCAGAACAUGAUCUACCACAAACUGGACUCCUCUGUGCCAAGACCUUCCUGUGUUCCUUCAGAGUACAACCCCCUGAGUGUUUUAACCCUUGAAGCUGACUCCAUUGCCUACAAGGAGUUAGAUGAAAUGAUCGCUACGAGGUGCACAUGUCGCUAAAGGCCCACCUCCAGGGUCGGGCUCAAUUCCAUUUCAACCUAAACUGAAAUUCCAAUUGUUCUCAAUGCUUUUCAAUGUAAAAAAAAAAGAGAAGAAAAAAAAAAACUCCAUUUGCUCUGGCUGAUCUGGAAAUUGACUGAAUUGAAAUGGAAUUGACCCCAACCCUACCUACCUCACUGCCUGAUGACGUUGUUUUAUCAGCCUCAACACUUUGACUGUUAACCUACCUUCUGCUUUGACUGCCGCUCGACUUAUUCCAUCCUCCUCAAACGCUUGACUUUAAUGACUUUAUCACAUUCAUUGGCUAUUGUAACAUCCUGGUCUGGUGACUUCAUGCCAAAACAUCAGUGUCUUUGCCAAAACAUCAGUGUCUUUGCCAAAACAUCAGUGUCUUUGCCAAAACAUCAGUGUCUUUGCCAAAACAUCAGUGUCUUUGCCAAAACAUCAGUGUCUUUGCCAAAACAUCAGUGUCUUUGCCAAAACAUCAGUGUCUUUGCCAAAACAUCAGUGUCUUUGCCAAAACAUCAGUGUCUUUGCCAAAACAUCAGUGUCUUUGCCAAAACAUCAGUGUCUUUGCCAAAACAUCAGUGUCUUUGCCAAAACAUCAGUGUCUUUGCCAAAACAUCAGUGUCUUUGCCAAAACAUCAGUGUCUUUGCCAAAACAUCAGUGUCUUUGCCAAAACAUCAGUGUCUUUGCCAAAACAUCAGUGUCUUUGCCAAAACAUCAGUGUCUUUGCCAAAACAUCAGUGCGUUGAGUUUGAUUUGAUCUAGAACAGAUGUAUUUACUCACUUGCCAAAAUGUAUUUUUAUCUAAAUGGAAAAUAUGGCAUUGAUUUCUUUAUGUGAAGUGGUAGGAGGAAUGUUGUGAAGAUGUUUUGUUUGUUUGUCAUCUGCUUUUGCAUUGUGUUGACAUGCAUGGAUUGAUAUUUUACAUAUUAAUUUGAUAUAAUUAUGAUUUAAGUUAUUUUUUGUUAAUUUAUUUUGGGUGUUCUGUCAUUAUUCUUUCACACUAAGUGGUACAUUUUUAAGUACAUCUGUUCUGGACAAAAUAUUUUUAAAAAGUAGUCCUAUAUACUCGUAUCAAACACUUUCACGUUUCAUUUUAUUCCUGGGGAUUGCAGACGGUUGUUUCAUGAACAACUUCUCUUUUCAUACGGUCCAGAAUGUAAGUUAUCUUGUAUGGCCAACUUGAUGUUUCAGUGUGUAUUUAUUACUCUGGGUCAUGAAAUGACUGCAUACCUAUAUGAAUUUGUAUUGACAAAUUUAACUAAAAUGCAUGUCGUCUAUUUAUGCAACAAAACAAAAAAAAAAUACUGUACAGUCUUGUUUGGCUCACUGAUUAUCACAAAUGUUAAAUUUAAUAACUUAAAAUAUUAGUUUGGGAAAAAUAAAGAGUAU